AAAGAAUAAAUAUAAAUGAUAGAUAUAAUACAGUAUUAUAGAGAGACAGAGAACAAGAAGACCUAGCCGGCCAAGCGAGGAAGGAGAGAAAGAGCAAAGCCUGGCCGCGCCGGGGCCCGUGAUUCGCCUUUAACUUUCACUUUCCUCUCUCUCGCCCUUUUUACCCUUUUAUCCUGUCCGAUACGCCUCCAAUUAAAACCGAGGCCUGGCGCACCGGCAACUCCCUCCUCGCAGCAGCCCGUGCAAUGGUGCAACUGUACUAACCGCAGAGUGACGUCGGGGGGUGUGGGUGUGGGGGGCGGGGGGAGUGACGCCCGGGGUGGCGAUGACGACGCUGCACAUGGACCCGCCGGCGCCGCCUGCGCGGCGUUCGGUGUCGACCAGCUGCGACCUGCACCCGGGCGAGGCGUUCACCGGCUUCUGCGCCGCGUGCCUGCGCGAGCGCCUCCAGGGUCUCGAGGCGUCUGCCGCCGCGGCCUCCGCGCCGGGCCGCAAGUCCACAUCGGCCAUCCGGUCCCUCUUCGCCAGACCGUUCGCCGCCGGCAGCUCGUCUGCGUCCGGUCCCGCUGAGCCGCCGGACCUCCGGCGGUGCAAGUCGUUCUCGUGUGGCCACGGCGGGGACGCUCUUGCCGCAGCGGCGGCGGCGGCUGGUGCUGCUGCCACCAGGGCGGACGAGCCGCAGCGGCGUUCGUGUGACGUGCGGGGGCGCAGCACGCUGUGGGCGCUGUUCCACCAGGACGACCGUGACCGCGUCCGCGAUGGCACGGCGUUCGCGGCGUUCCCAGCCUCCUCAUCGACCGCCGCGGCCGCGCUCGCCGUCGACGUGCAUCCCCCACCGCAGGCACCGUGCAUCCCCGACGUUUUCUCGGACGAGGACAUCCCAGUGGUGAUGGAGCCCGACGAGAUAGUCCCGGUGGUCGAGCAAGACCCCGUCGUCCCGAUGGACAUUUCUGGCGAGGUGGAAGCCGGAGGCAAUGCGGCGCAGAGAGGUAUGGCCAUCAAGGAUCACAUCGAUCUCGAGUCGGCGCAGAGCAAGAAGGCAUCGCCCAAAGACCUCGCCGGUAGCUUCUGGGUCGCCGCCUCCGUGUUCAGCAAGAAGUGGCAGAAGUGGCGGCGCAAGCAGAAGCUCAAGAAGGAGGCUGCCGUGAGCAAGGCCGCCGCAGCGGCAAUGCCCCCUCCGGAGAAGCCCUCCAAGCCGUCGUUCCUUCGCCGGAGUCGGCUCCGUGGGGAGGCAGGCUCCGAGCUCGCCGAUGGCCGGCGCUCGUGCGACACCGACCCGCGUUUCUCCCUGGACGCCGCGCGCAUGUCCAUCGACGACGCUGGCUUCUCAUGGGACGAGCCCCGCGCGUCCUGGGAUGGGUACCUGUUCGGCGGCGGCGCCGGCAUUGGGCUCGGGCGCGCGCCUCCGCCGCUCUCCCGCCUCCCUCCCAUCCUGUCCGUCCUGGAGGACACACCGACAGACGUCGUCGAGCGCUCCGAUGGCCAGAUCCCCGUAGAAGACGACUUCGACCCCGACCCGCCCGGUGGCUCGCUACAGACCAGAGACUACUACCUGGACUCCUCCAGCCGCAGGCGCCGGAGCCUGGAACGUUCGAGCUCCGUACGCAGGCCGUCCUUCGAGGUCACGGAUCCAACAAGGCCGAUGGCGCCCGCGGUAAACGGGACCGGGAGGGAGUCCCCGAUUGGCGGCGGUUCAGAGUUCUACCACUUCCAGCACGCCGAGGACUUGCUGGACCGCGGCUUCAGCUCCAACUCGCUCAUCGAGGACAUCUCCGCGAGCCUGGAGGCGGCACUAUCCGGGCGCGCCAAGAAGCCGCGCCGGUGGCGCAAGGCGUGGAGCCUGUGGGGGCUCAUCCACCGGCGCGCCGCGGGGCGCAGGAGCGGCGGGGGGCCGUCGGACAUCACCGACCGUUCCUUCUCCGAGCCGUGGCCGGACCUGCGCGUCCGCGGAGCCAACCCCAAGAUGCAGCGGUGCAACAGCAGCAACCUGAGCGCGCGCAGCUCGUUCAGCAGCAACAGCGGCGGGCUCGGCAGCUCCCGGCGCAGCUACGUGGACGCCAACGGCAACGUGAGGCGGAGGGAGGAGCCUCACGCGCAGGCGCAGGUGGAGCGGACCCGCAGCGCGCGCUACUCGCCCGGGCGCGCCGCCGCGGACAACGGCAUGCUGCGGUUCUACCUGACGCCGAUGCGGAGCGGCAGCGGGCGGCCGCGCGGCGGAGGCGGCCUGCCCAGCAAGGCCGGGCCCGGGCGGCCGCUGGCGACGCAGUCGUUCGCGCGCAGCGUGCUCCGCCUGUACUAGGUAGGCUACGGCGUCAAGUCCAGGUUCCUCUGUCUAAUCUGCAUGUUCAAGGAGAGUCUGGGGGUUAUAGCCAUAAACCUUUGUGUACUGUACUGUACUGUAAUGUAAUCUGUCGUUUCAUUUCGGGGGAUUGGAUAACACGCAUCUCGUCUCAUAAUUUCCUCUCAUCUCAUGUGCCCAUAUCUCUCGUCUCGCAUGUCGAGUCACGAGGGUUUUCAACGUGAGUUAUUGUAGUUCCAUCCAUCAGCAUAUAUUUAUAUGUGACCGUGACUUUUGUCGUUAA